AUGUCUUCAACAGUCGCGCGCGACAGCGAGUCCAUGUCAUCCAAAGAAUCAUGGGACGCUCUAAAUUCUCAUGGGUCCGAUGAUGAAACUAAGGAGAACACGCCUUUACUUGUCGAUGAUACCAACAAAGCAAACAUUAGCCACAAGACAUCAUCAUCCAGGAAUGCCGCGCCAAAUGUUGUCAAAGACCAGAAGGAAAGACGGCCAGAGCCAAUGGACGCCUUGCAAAGUAAAUCGAAGCGAAACGAGAGCAGAGUGUAUGUUCUCGCAGAUUUUGGCAAGACUGCACAAAAGGCAAAUGGUGUCGAGGAACCCCUGGCAAAUUCAGAAGCCGAACCUCUCUCCAUUAAUGAAACUGCGCAAGGAUGGUUCUUGGAUUACCCUGAGUGGUUUUUCGCCUCAGCUGUCACCCUCCGCGAAGAGAUGCAGGCGCCGCAAAGCCUCGUCCUGUCUAAUGAGCCUAGUCGAACCAACCAAAGUUCAUCUCCCAAGUUUGUGGUGGACGGGGACACGUACGAGCAAGCCUUGGACAUAGUCUCUAGCCUGACCAAACCCCCGGUGACUGGCAGCUCCACGAACCUAGCCGCAUCUUGGUACUCCUCUGCAUCCUUCCUUGUGCAGUCGCCCGGGCCAGACAGCCUCGAUUUCUUGAACACAGUGGUCCGGCGUCUCGCCAAGGACAUUGAUGCCGACCUUCUUGACCUCAGCCCAGGCCCGCUUGAAGACAUCCUGCACUACUGGUUCCACUCCGUGCGUGACAAGCCGGAAAUAUUCCCAACGCCAGCCGAGUAUCUCAGCACAGAGAAAGGCUUCCCUCGCAUGAGCCACUUUAAGCGCGCCUUUGCCGACCGGAUACUUCACACCGCAGACCGCAAGUACAUUGUGGACAGGCUCCUAACGGCGCGAUCAUGGAAGCGCAAAGCCCGAGGUCAAGCAUACGAGCCCCGGCCGCUCAUUGUCCUCUUGCCCGACAUUACAGCGUACACGACAAGGUACUGUCUCGAAGCCGAUGAGUUCCUGGGCCUGCUGUACGACGAGGUCAAAAGACGUCGGCAGAACUCCGGGACGCCGACGCUCAUCGUCGGCACGGCACCGUCGAGCCGCACGCACGACGAGUUCUUCCCGCAGAGCGACAUGGGUCGUGAAGGCAUCAGCCACGUCCAUAAGCAGCUGCAUCUAGACCCGUCGCUCGUCAUGGAGGUAGUCCCACGUCAGUGGUGGUUUAUGCCGAGUCCUCCUGGAACACAGGUCAACCGGAUCGACUGGUGGAACAGGCUACGGCUCUCGCUGUGCCAUGAGCUCAAUGCGGCUUCGCCCGACUUUCGGGGUGUGGAGAUAGUCGACCGCGGCGCGCCUCCGCCGCUGCCAGGUAUCAGAGCCUUCCUCACCCACCCAGCCUGGACCGGCGAUAUGACCAUCAAGGCCUUCCGGCAGAUAGUCGCUCGGGCCCGGCGCAUGGAGCGGUUGGAUGCUGAAGACAUGCUCGUGGUGCUCGCCCGUGUGGCCAAGAACGAUGCGCCCUUCACCUUUGGCGGCUGGAAGGAGUCACCGAUGCAGUUUGCCGAGGCGGUCAGUAAGAGCUUUCAGAGCAUUCCAGAUGAGGUUUGGUGGGGGAUAAUGAGCGUGGCAGGGUUUGUGCUCCUCUGGUUCUUCCUCUAUUAUCUUAUGUUGUAUGCAUUUUGA